CCAAGUCCUCAACGUUUGAAUACUUUAAGUUAAUAGGUUCUGUUUCUAAGGAUGAAUUAUAAAUUCGUCACCUUAUUGUUUGCAAUAAAUAUUGCAAACUUGAACUGUUUUGAUUUACCGCGGAAAAUUGGACAAAUCAGUGUAAAGAAUGCAGCUUUCCUAAACUUUAGAACAAACACAGCAAACUCGAACAAAUAUGAUUUGUUAAUUUCGACAUUUACUGGUUCGCCAUUCUCUGGUGGUAAUGUAGAAAUGAUAUCAAAUGUGGGAGACCAUUAUGAUAACUUUGGACAGACACGGACUGUUAAAUUGGCCGGAGGAUUGGCCUGGCCUAACGAAGUAGCAGGUGUACCCGAUUCAGUGUUUGGAAAAUCAAUGGUGGUCAUACCUGAUGGGUUUUUGGUACCAUUUCAUACAAAAGGUGCCAUCUAUUUGGUAGAUAUUUCUACUGGUAGUCCACAAGGUCCAUACAAAAUAACCGGGACCAAGGAAGGAAACUGGUUUUAUCACAGAGUUUUGUUCAAGGACAUGGAUGGGGAUGGUGACCUUGACAUAGUCACAUGCAGAGCCAGAGAACCUAUUAUUACAAUAUUCUCCUCAAAAGACAGCGAGUUGUUGUGGUUGGAAAAUCCUGACAACCACCAAUACACAUCCGUAUGGCAAGAACACGUGAUCACACAUGGUCCUGAUGUGUACUUUAGAAAUUUGAAAAUAGCUACGCCUGAUGGAACACUUGAUGUUAUUGCAACAACAGAGUUUUUCACACGUAAACUAUCCAUUCACUGGACGACCGACAGCCAGAACAGAUGGACAGAUAAGUCAAAAAUCCAUUCUCGUGUUGUUGAUAGUAAUGCAGGUGCCUUAUUUGAUAUAGAAAUUAGAGAUCUAAAUAUGGAUGGUAAACAAGAUUUACUUGUAGUAUCCAAUGGCAACAAUGGUUCUGUAUUGGCAUAUGAAAUACCAGACGAUUUUAGGGUUGGUAAAUUCGAACGUCACACUUUAGCUACAGGGUUUACACCAGCUACUUCAGGGACAGGAAAAGGUGCUCCAGGUUCAGCUUUUGGGUUCUACCCAAUGAAACAAAACACAACAGAUAAGAAACCUUACAUACUGGUAUCCGGUGAUGAUGAUGGCAAGGGGUAUAUAUUGGAACCAUCCAGUUCUCAUACAGACGACUGGUCCUACCAAUCACAUAAGUUUGUAGACGUUGGAAAGGGAACAGUUGGACAGUUUGCAUUUGCUGAUGUCAACGCAGACGGCUAUACUGACAUAGUUGUACCCGCAUAUAACGAUGGAACAGUUUCUUUAUAUACAUUUGCACCUUCAAUGUCAGAUUCAGCUACCACCUUUGGUUGAUUAUAAUGUGUUCAAUAUUUGUGAUGCAGUACUGUCAUAAAUAGGUUUCUUUGCAAC